UCGGGGGGGGUGGGGCGCCGAGCGCGCGGGGUGGGGGGGGUCCUGGUCUUUGGCUUCUCGACUCGGUCCUGUUUCGACAGCGAACAUGUCUCGGCCUGUCAGAAACAGGAAGGUUGUUGAUUACUCACAGUUUCAGGAAUCUGAUGAUGCAGAUGAAGAUUAUGGAAGAGAUUCAGGUCCUCCUGCUAAGAAAAUUCGAUCAUCUCCUCGAGAAGCUAAAAAUAAGAGGCGAUCUGGAAAGAAUUCACAGGAAGAUAGUGAGGACUCAGAAGAAAAAGAUGUGAAGACCAAGAAGGAUGAUUCUCACUCUGCAGAGGACAGUGAAGAUGAAAAAGAUGAUCAUAAAAAUGUACGUCAACAAAGGCAGGCAGCAUCUAAAGCAGCUUCUAAACAGAGAGAGAUGCUCAUGGAAGAUGUGGGCAGUGAAGAAGAACAAGAAGAAGAAGAUGAGGCACCAUUCCAGGAGAAAGAUUCAGGCAGUGACGAAGAUUUCCUAAUGGAAGACGAUGAUGAUAGUGACUACGGCAGUUCAAAAAAGAAAAAUAAAAAGAUGGUUAAGAAGUCCAAACCUGAGAGAAAAGAAAAGAAAAUGCCCAAACCCAGACUAAAGGCUACAGUGACGCCAAGUCCAGUGAAAGGCAAAGGGAAAGUGGGUCGCCCCACAGCUUCAAAGGCCUCAAAGGAAAAGACUCCUUCUCCCAAAGAAGAAGACGAAGAACCAGAGAGCCCUCCUGAAAAGAAGACGUCUGCAAGCCCCCCACCUGAGAAAUCUGGGGAUGAAGGGUCUGAAGAUGAAGUCCAGUCUGGGGAGGAUUAAAAGUGAUAAUGGUUUGGGGAGAGAUUUUAUUAAAAAAAGAAAAAAGAAAAAAAGAGGGGGAAAAAAAGAGAACCUACUUAAGAUAGAACAUGGUUUUGGCUAUGGCUUGACUCAUGGGCUUUCAGUGCUUUUUUCCAUUUGUUGAAAAUAACAUUCUCUCUCUCUCUCUCUUUUUUAAGAAAACCAUUGUAUGUUGAAGUGUUUAAGUUACCUUUUGUCUAUUGGGCUUCUCUUUGCCACCACCUCCCUUUCCCAAUGAAAGCCAUGUCAACUUAAUCACUGGAUUGACUGCUUCAUCUUUUUAUUUUUAAUGGAAGGUGUACCACAGUUGUAAAGCAAUAAGAUUUGAGAUGAACACUUUGGAAACUUUGCUUUUUGCUAAACAAUAGCAAGUUAAACAGUAAUCAAAAACAUAGAGAGGUUUUAGUUAAAAAUGAUUGCUUCUUUCUCUGCCUGGACUUUUUAAAAAAAUCAGUUGUCAUCUAAUAUGAGUUUAUAUGUCUAUAUGCAUAAGUAUAAAUGUCUAAAAAAAUCAUGACUCUAAACUUCCACUGAUGAGGCAGGUAGGAUAUAAAGAUGAAUUCUGAAUUGUUACUAAAAGUACUCAUAUUUUUUACCUGGGUGGGGGUUGGGGAUUGGGUUUACCUGACCUUAUUUGGGGGUGUGGGUUUUCCUUUUUUAUCUCAUCACUUAUUAUCUCAAAGAGACUCGGAGCCAGUGAUCCUUUUAUCCUGCUACAGUCUUUAAGGAACUGAAAAAAAAAAAAAAAAACAAGAGCCGCCAAAACUGAAAUCACUCUUGAUUUCACAUUUCAUUCUCUAAUGGUUCAUGUUUUAAAAAUAUAUAUGUAUCCUGUUUUUUGGAUAAAAUUUUACCAAGGAUCAAAAAAAGAAAAUAGACACCCUAGAAUUUGAAUGGUAAGAUGAAUCUACACAUCACAGGGGGUUUCUUCUCAAACUGACAAUGUUUUAGGUUUUAAGCAAAUAAAGUUCCAGUUAAUGUGAAACUCGGUCACAGAGAGUUGAGGUAUUUCCUUUAUGAAAACAAAGAAUUGAAAUUCUUUUUAUGCUAUAAAUGUACAUUCAGAUCCCAUGAACCAUGCGGUUAUUUGUUAUAGAACAUUUUCCUUUUUAUACCCCAAUCUUCCCGUUUCUUUGUAGAAAUAUGGUGUGAAGUACAUCUCUGCUUCCUGCUGCUACAUAGAACACCAUUGCGCCCCCUAUCCCCAGGCCUACCAGCUCACUAGGGGACACUUUUCCUAACUAUUCACUUACUGACAGGAUAGGAAGUAUGUUAAAUGCUGCUUCCAUACUAUUGAGUUGGCUUUUCUUGUCUUAGUUAGUCUGACCCCCUGCUUACUGCUCAUGUUUCUCAAAGCAAGAGACUGAGACUCAACAAGCCUAGAGAAAUCCUGCAUUUAGGAGGCCUGUGUGCCAUUGGUAAACAGACAUUUUACAUGCCUUAGGAAAGUAGUUAGGAAAUAGAUUUGCAAGUUUGAUCCUCCAUAUGCUGAUACCAUGAACUAAAAGGAGCAAAGGUUAGGGAGGGAUCCUGGUAUAAUAAUAAAUUGAAAAUAUGGUGAAAUUUAA